AUGGACUUCAAGCAAAAGUUCUUGGAAAAAAGGUUGCGUUCAAGCCAAAUGAAUGACUUUGGACAGCGAGGUAACAGUUGGCAUAUCGGUGUCAUAGAGUAUUAUGACUUUGAAGCGCCGUGUCAAGCCAAUGGCAACACAGCCCAAGCAGUUCCCAUGAUGUUCCCACUUGAUCAAAUUCUUGAUACCGGGAAUAAACAAGACGGACUCUGUGUGUUGUCGAUGCUAGAAGCGAUGAUGAAAAUUGUCACAGUGCAGUUCCACUUUGUCAAGAGAAUUAUAUUGGCUAGUGACAAUGCCAAUUGUUAUCACAGUAAGGAACUGAUCUUCCCCAUCUGCUUUCUCAAUCAGCUAUCAAGCGGCCCAAAGAUUAUCAAGUACAUUCACCCUGAGACACAGGAUGGAAAGGGUUCGUGCGAUUCUCAUGCAGCGGUUGCUGGGACUCAUGUGGAUUGGCGCUAUAUUUGCACCCAAAAGGACGAUACGCUCACAAAGAACGAAGCUUGUACGCCUACAGAACUCGCCAACGCAUUAUGUACCAAUGGCGGGAUCAAAAACUCUGCGGUUCAGCUGGUCGAACUCAACUUCCAACGUCUUGACAAAAUUUCGCAAUUAUGUUCUGGCGCAGGAACACCCGCAACUCUGAACUGCUCGCGCACCUGCCAGUCAGAGCCGGCCAGCACCAAGUUUCCACAGAAAGGGGGAGCACAAUUUUUAGGGGUGAUAUUUCUUGCCAGUAGAAUAGAAGUCUUCGCAUGGUCGAAAGCGCGUUAA